GGGUAAAAGCAUCUGCCAAAUUCAUGAUUGUAAAUGUUCACAGGAGAACAACUAAGAAAUGCAGGUGCAUCAAACAAGCAUGCACAGACAAGCAAUGAUGUCCAGCUCAAACCCACAGGAAACUCUAACAUCCUUGAACUCACAGUAGGGGUUUCCUCAAUUACAGGUGGAGGUGUUCAUGCUUGUGAUCUUGUUCCUGUAGAUCUGCUGGCAAUGCCAUCUGGACAAGACGCUCUCUCGUGCUGCAGAAGAGAUUUUACCAACGACUCUUCCUCCUAUGAGCUGAGUGAGCGUCCAGACCCGACCAGUCACCAGCACUGGAGCGCUGACGAUAUAGUGGUGGUUGAUGAAACUGGAGGCGUGGAUGAGUCCAGAGUUCAUUAUAAAGGACCCCAGUCCCUCAUUCUGAGAGGAAAACACACUCAUGUCAUUUUCCAGAUGGAUUUUGCUUCACUGAAGCACUCUGAGGAAAUUAUUUGUAAGGAUCUCUGUCUGUCUCCAGAUGAAUUCAGCCCGACUCCUGGACAAUCGCUCCACACACGCCGUCCUGAUAACGCUGCAAACAGGAGCACGUCUGAUGGCAUCUUCAUCUUCCUCUCCAUCUUCCUCUCCAUUUUUGUCACCUAGUUUUAUUAGGUGAGAAAAAAAAGAAAGUGUUUGAUAUUCAGUAACAACAUUCUGUGAUGUAAAAGCGUCUCAUUUGGUUUUCACUGCUUGUUUCAGUUCGUUUCUGUAUGUUUCGUGGCGACGACUUUGGAUUCUUCAUCGUGGAGAUGAAACCCAAAGAUGAACCACAAAAACACCACAGACAUGGAAACAGAUCAUAACAGAAAUAUAUCCGUCUGCUUGUAGAGUGACAGCAAUAACUAACAAAUCUUCACAAUGUUUGAUCAGCCUCAGUAACUGAUAAACUGUGGCUGUAUUCAUAGGUAACUUUCACAAACAUACAAGAUUUUCAAAUGAAAACUUUAGUUAUAUGAUCAUACAAUAUUAUACCAUACAUAUACUUUGAUUUUAAUAAAAUAAUAGUUUUAUUUCUCAGUAAUUAAAGAUAAUAAAUGAUGUAUAAAAUAUAUUAUAUUUAACU